AUGUCCUCUCAACAAACCUCUUCACAUGGAGAUGCAACAACAACCGAUGAUCCUAACGUUUGGCCCAUAGCCUGUGUCUCUUGUAAUCGUAUCCACAAAAAGUGUGAUAAAAAGCUCCCAAGUUGUUCCCGAUGUGCACAAAAAGGGAUAGUUUGUGAAUACAAGGAGCCAGUCUUUAAGAGAAAGACACAAAUAGUUUCAUCAUCUGCCGAUCCCUUCCUAAGUUUAAAUUAUCAACAACAACAACAAACUAAUAGACCUAUCAUUUCAAUAUUCAACUCUCAACAAGAAUUGGACGAGAGUGCUACACAAAUCAUUCAUUCAAUCAAACACAAUACAAUAGAAGCAUACUGUUUAAUUGUUUGCAAUGGCUCUCCACCUUUCAGACCGGAGGAUUUGUCGAAACUCUUAACUAAUGGACAGGAAAUUUUAAAAAGAAAGGAUAUUCUGGCACUAAUGAUUUCAAUUCAAGGUUGUGUGGAAUUGAUUUUUGGAUUUUCGGAUUUGGCAGAAGAAUCUUUCAACAAGGCAAGAAAUUUAAUCAUGCAUUAUUUUGAUGAUUUUGAAAAUCCACUUGCUGCCUGUACAUAUACACAUAUUGCUCUUUUUAAUGCAACUAUUGGUAAAACAUGCAAAGCAAGAGGAUAUCUUCAUUUAUGUGAACAAUAUUUAGUGAACUGGAAACAAAGAAAUCCAAAUGCUGUCAUGACAACUGAUCAACCAUUUGUUGAAAAUGCAGGAGGAUAUGGGAUUACAAUGAAUAUUCCAAAUCUGAGAGUUCAGAACAUGGUUGUUGAAUUAAUUUCUUGUGAAACUCAUCCCGUUCCAGACAUUAAAACUUUGGAGAGAAUAUCUAUGGAUAUCCUUGGCUGUAGUCUGCCCGAUCAGUUGAAAGAUUUUUUCAAAACUCACCAAUUUACAACCAGUAACCUAAACCCAUCUAAUAUUGACGAAACUUUACGAGCAUUUGAAGUAUUUGUAGGGUUGCUCCAUUACUCAGUUAGACCAACAUUUAGAUCAGAGUUUUCAGUCAAGAUCCACCACAUGAAUUUUCUGGUUUUGGUGAAUGGGUUACGAAUUUUAUAUCUUUUAAUUUCUGGUUGUGAUAUUUCCACAGCAUAUAAUACAAUGAAUGCGGAAAAUAUUGAACAAGUACAAUUAUUGGAAUAUGCUGCUCUCACUAUUAGCAAACUGACAGAGGAUGAAUUAUUUGUAUUCAUUUGUCCAUAUCUUAUUUCAUUCUUAUUGGUUGCUGUGAGAACAAACUUGGAAAUAUGUAAAAUGAUUGAGAGAGGUGAAAGAGAAAAUUUAAAACCUAUACCACCUAAAAAGGAGAGAAUCAGUCUACCAAAUGUGAUAAAACACUACGAAGAAAAUGAGCUCGUUGAUUACUACUCUGUUGUGGAAAAGGAUCUGAGAGCUCUACAAGUAAUGAGUAAGAGAUAUAGAUACAUUGCUCCAUACACAAAGGAACUUGAGGAAUUUUUGGGAAGUCUAUCUGAAAGACAAAACAAAAUCAAUCAACAGCAACAAUUUUGGUCAAUUAUGGGACAACAACCAUUUAUUGAAGAACCAUCCUACAUGAUUAAUGGAAAUGGUGAAAUUAUUUAUAUUCCAAAUCAACAGCUUCAGAGGCAAGGUACUGAAACAAACAAAAUGAAUCGGGUGGGCUCAUUUUACAAUGCAAUGAAAGACUUUUUGCUGAAAUUCAAUAAUAGAAUAGAAGAUGCUUUUGAAAAUAAGAGUAGUCAAUCACCAACUCUUUCAAUGACCAGCUCAAACUCCUCCUCAUCUGGGUCAUCACAAGGCAAUUUUAAGCACUAUCUGGAGACUAAACUUAACGAAAUUAAUGUGCAAUCUCUUUCAGACUUGGAGCUAUUACUCUCUCACAUAUCAGCCCAACAUCAACAGCCAAUUCUCUCCAAUAACACACCAAACAUGGCACCACCAACCUCUUCAAACAACAACAUUAAUAGUAACAUCAAUAGCAACAAUACUAUGACAAAUAACCUCCAUACCAAUAUUCAACCUCAAAAUAUUCCAUCCAUGACCAAUAAUUCCAAUACCCUUCCAAUCCAAACCACACCUCAUAAUCCUGUUCUCAAUUCUAUGCAAUACCCAAAUAAUAUGAUUUUUGCCAAUAAUCAAAUGGUGCAUCAACCAAAUAAUUAUCAUCACAACAUGCCAAACAAUUCUCUUUCAAACCAUUCCACCAUUCCUCAUCAGCAACAACAACAUUUCCAAAUGAAUCCUUCCCAUCAUCAACCUCAAUUACAAUACUUUGACCCACUCAUGGUUCACCAAGAUGGAUUUGAUGUUUUGGAACUUUAUUUGAGACAGCAACAAGAUGAAGCUACAAUACAACAACAAUCCAAUCUGAGAUUUUAAAUUCAAACACCAAUUCCUCCUCAUCACCACCACAUCAGUACCCUACAUUGCCAAUCAGCAAGGUUAAAUACGCAUAUGUGAAACCUUCAACAAUAAUAAAUUUAUUGUAAACUUG